CUCUAUAGGCAAUUACCCCUCUCUACUCCACCUACUUGGUUGCUAUAAAUAGAAGCUCAUCAUCUUCUUGCUUCCGCCACCUUCAUUCAUGUUCCCUCCCUCUGCUUUCCAAUAAUACAUAAUCUAUAGCUAUAGGAAAACUAAAGUUGGAAAAUAAAAAAAAUGGACAAGUCCCAUAUUUUGUCCAUAAGUGUUGCUGUUGUGGGAGCGGUUUGGUUUUUGGUUCAUCAUCUGUAUAACAGCAUGUGGUUCAGGUCGGAAAGGCUGAGGAGGAAGCUGUGGAUGCAGGGUAUCAAAGGUCCAUCACCUUCACUCAUAUACGGCAACCUCCCUGAGAUGCAAAAGAUCCAAUUGAAUGCUCUCACCUCCACUCCUAAUAAUGCCGAUAUUGUUGCCCACGACUAUACUUCCUCUCUCUUCCCAUACUUCGUGCAGUGGAGAAAGGAAUACGGUCCAAUAUACACGUAUUCAACAGGGACAAGGCAGCACUUGUAUGUGAACCAGGCAGAGCUUGUGAAAGAAAUGAACCAAUGCAUUAGUUUGGAUUUAGGUAAGCCCUCUUACAUAACAAAGAGACUGGCACCUAUGCUCGGCAAUGGCAUUUUGAGAUCCAAUGGCCCCCUAUGGGCACAGCAGAGGAAAAUAAUUGCCCCUGAGUUCUUCAUGGACAAGGUCAAGCAGGUAAUGGUGGGGCUAAUGGUGGAGUCCAUGCAACCUCUUGUAAGAAAGUGGGAGGACAGCAUUGAGGCCCAAAGUGGUGUGAUGGCAGACAUUAGAGUGGAUGAGGAUUUGAGGGGAUUCACAGCAGAUGUCAUCGCUAGAGCUUGUUUUGGGAGCUCUUAUUCUAAAGGCAGGGAGAUAUUUUCCAAGCUUAGGAAACUUCAAACAGCUAUUUCCAAGCAAAGCUUUCUUUUCGGAGUUCCAGGCUAUGGACUUCUGCCAAUGAAGAAGCAAAAUGAGAUCUUGAGUUUGGAGAGAGAGAUAGAGUCCCUAAUCUGGGAAACAGUGAAAGAGCGGGAAAGCAAAUGCAAAGAGGCAUGUUCAUCAGAGAAGGAUCUAUUGCACUUGAUACUGGAAGGGGCAUUGAAUGACCAAAGUCUUGGUGAGGAUUCAUCCAAGCGCUUCAUAGUUGAUAACUGCAAGAAUAUAUAUUUUGCUGGCCACGAGUCUACAGCGGUUGCCGCCUCCUGGUGCCUCAUGCUGCUUGCGCUGCAGCCUGAGUGGCAAUCUCGUGUUAGAGCAGAAGUGGCCCAAGUUUGCGGGGGCAGCUUGCCAGAUGCAGACUCGGUGUCCCGCCUGAAAACUGUAACGAUGGUGAUUCAAGAAGCCUUGCGUUUAUAUCCGCCAGCGGCAUUUGUGUCAAGGGAGGCGCUUGAGGAGAUCCAACUUGGAAAUGUUACUAUUCCCAAGGGAACAUGCUUGUGGACGCUGAUACCAACUCUGCAUCGGGACGCUGAGAUUUGGGGUUCAGAUGCGAAUGAAUUCAAGCCAGAGAGGUUCAGUGAUGGCGUUUCUAAAGCUUGCAAGUACCCUCAAGCCUAUAUUCCAUUUGGAGUGGGCUCUCGCUUGUGCUUAGGCAGAAACAUGGCAAUGGUUCAGUUAAAAAUUGUCCUUGCCCUCAUUAUCUCCAAAUUUACUUUCUCUCUGUCGACCAAAUAUCGACAUUCUCCUGCUUAUAGAAUGAUCGUAGAGCCUGGUAAUGGUGUACAUAUUCUAAUUCAAAACAUCUAACACCUUCCUAUCCUAUCCUAUUCCUAAGUAGGUUACAAAGGCACGACUUUAGUUUAUCUUUUUCCUUGUCCUGCUUCUGCUUGCAAUUGCUACACUUGCUAAAUCUGGAUCUCUUAAUUCCGUGCGUGCAUGCUUUUCCAA